AUGCAAACUGCCAAUCAACAAAAUAAUUCUUCAAUUACACCCUUAUCUGACCCUGGAAGUUCUUCUUCCUCCUCUUCCACCCAACAAAAUUUGUUAAAUGAAAAUAGCAAUAUUGGACAACAAAUUACUUAUCCCCCUCCACAAUUGCAAUAUUUAUUGGCUAAUUUGGCGGCUAGAAACCAGGCAGCUUCAAAUCCGUCUUUGGCUGCUAUUGUUGCUAAUAUGCAGUUAUCGAAUCUCUCUCCACCUCCCGAAUUUCGCCUACCACCAGCUUUCAAUUUUGCAACAGCAGUUCAGCAAUUAAUAAGAAAUGCUGUAGCAGCUGCUUCCAAUAAUCAAAUAAAUAAUUCUGGACUUUUGCUUAGACAACAAUGUGAAUUUAAAUUUUUUUUAUGUUUAAAAUUCAGAAUUUUAAAUAAUUCCUAA